CUCAAGCUCUAAAACAGUGAAAAAUAGUUACAUCCACCCACAGUUAUAUUGUAACACAAAAUAAUACACUUCAUCAUCCCGCUGCCCCAAGUCAGUGCGUUUGAUGUUAUGAUUAAAUCUCGCCGCUGAUAGCUAAUUAAAUAUACCACGCACGCUGUAAUGUACAAUACAUAUAUAAUCCAGUGUAAUAGUAGAUUCUUGUAAACUUCAUGCUGUGUCCUGGGUUACAGCAAUUGUCAAUACGGCUCAGAAAAGAUACUAUCCUCUAAUUGUAUUUGCAACAAUAGUAGCAUUCUGACCAGAGGUCUUAUGUGAACACGACAAAAAUUAUUUAGGAGCAGGAUAAACUGAACAAUUGUUUUCUUUUAUAAGUACUUGGCUCAAAUUGCCAAGGAAUUCACACUGGAUUAACCGUUGCCGUAUUAUUAAUGUGACACACAUACACAUUACUACUGACAGCGAAUAAAAAUAAAAAUUCAUCCCUAUGCUGAUGUAGGAUUCGAACUCAUGACCAGUGUCAAUCUCAAGUUACGCUACCCAAGACUAAGGGGAGCAGCUGGAAUACACAAGCUCAGGUGAAUGAUAUACCAAUCUGAGAUGUAUUUUGUCUACUAAAUAAAACGAAUAUAGAUAAUAGAAAACAAAUAAAUAAGAAACGGAAUGGUUAACAGAGGAAAUCAACAUUUACAGAACUUGCGAUUGCUUUCACGCCGAAUUAGUGCAGAAGUCAGGAACAUAAUAUUCAGGCUGAAUGAGCUGCGAUAUUGUAGUACACCUGGUCGUGGCAGGGGAAAAUAUGACCUUGACAGCCAGGCAGUAGAAUUACCAAUGUCAAACAUUUUCUCAGAGCCAUCCGGUAGUUGUGUAUAAUCAGCUGAGUAGAAAGCGACAUCUAUCACUUUGUAUUGACUCCAGUAUUCGUAAAAGUGUUCUGUUUCGUGGCGGGCAUUGACGUUUUCCCUUCUAGUUCGAUCACACAGUUCGUUUUCUGUUGCUGGGUGCUGUUAAUAGCGUAGAUUGCGCAACAAGGGUGCAACAUUCACAGGCACGGCUUCGAAAGUGACAAGCCGAUCCUGAAGUUUAUGCAACGGAGCGUUGUAUUAUUGAGCAUUUCGAAAGCUAAAUUUUUUUGGGAAAUAAUGGCUGCUGUAACAAGUGACGUAAUGUUCGUUUGUUUCAUGAUGAAUACAUACGUUUAUAUGUAAUGAAGGCAAAUCUCUUUCCUAUUAUGGCUGCCUAAAUAAAAGUGGUGUAUUUUGCCCCCUGCACCAGGGGGCACGAGUGCCUAAACACCAAGAAGUGCAAAGUGAAAAACACAACUUAAUAAAAAGACUGAAGAUUAAUCACUGUGAUUUGUAUCGGAGUAUUAAUCUUGCUGCCGCCAAUUACUAUACUCCGUGCAUGGCCAAUCUAGUCAAGAGCUUCCCAUUAAAAGUGCAAUGUGAAAGGCUGUUUCAAAGCCAUAUGGUGCUGAAUACAAAUGUAUAUAGUUGAGGUUUUGUUAGUGUGUGAAUGUGCAAUAAAGUUGUACAGCAAAUGAUUAUAUUUUUGUAAACAGAAGAGACAGAUGUUUGUUUGAAUGAGCAAGUAAUACAACAUUUUAUUUAUUCUUGAAAAAUAAGCUUCCUGUCAUUAACAUUUCUUUUUUUGUGGAAGUGUUACUCUUGCAAGUAAAAAUAUCAUUAUAUUUGUUUGCAAUAAAUGUGUGGAUAUACAUAAGCUACGUGUUGUCUUGAAAACGUAAAAGAGGAAGCAGGGUCUGUUGGAGGUUUCUUUAAAAGAUAGCUGCAGUUCCACAAUUACCUCUGUCACAAUGAAUAGAUGUGCUUCAGAACGUGAGUGUCAUGAACAUUGUCGUUCACAACAACAUGGAAUGGAAAUCUGCAGUGUUGUUACCCGUCGUCAAUUAGGAGAUGAAUUAUUGGCGGGAUAUCUUCAGUGGCUAUGCUGCAGUUGUGGUCAAGUCAGCGACUACUUGGAUCGCACUGCUCUACAUAUGGCAGCAUCCUGUGGCCGAUAUAAUCUAGCAAGAUGGCUAUUGCAACAUGCCGGUGCAAAUGUGAAUGUUCGUGAUCUGGAGUCUGGCUAUACUCCCCUUCAUCGAAGUAUCUUCUAUGGUCAACUGCAUAUUGCAAGCUUGCUUAUACAGAUGGGAGCAAGUGUGACUGCAAUGGACUUCGAACACUUGACGCCACUGGAUAUUGCUUUGAAAGAUCGCCUUCCCUUCGUUGAUCUGAGUCUUCGUAAUCCAUGUGAAGUAUAUGUAUGGGGAAGCAAUAGUAACUACACCCUGGGUACAGGAAAUCAACAGAACAGGUCUAUGCCAGAGCUCCUUGAAACUUUCCGUAAGCAGGACAUCAGCAUUAAACAGGUUGCCAUGCAUAAAUAUCAUUCUGUAUUCCUGAGUCAUGAUGGAAGCGUGUACUCAUGUGGGCAUGGACAAGGGGGACGACUGGGCCAAGGGACAGAGCAAGCUUCCCUCUCACCAAAACCAUUGAAGUUUCCCGAGUCGAAAGACAAAGAGAUGUGUACUCAGGUGGCUAUAGGACGAGACCAUACAGUCCUGCUCAUGGAAAGUGGAUCGGUUUGGACAUGUGGCUUGAAUGCCUAUCAUCAGCUGGGACACAUGCCACCACCUCCUCAUUUACUAUCUCCCAGAGAAGUGCCACAACGAUACUGUCGCUUGCCAGGAUCUGCACCACUCCGUGGUGUGUGUGCGGGACGUUUCCAUACUGUGAUGUGGGGAGAGAAAGGACUCCUCACUUGUGGUCUCCAUGCGGGUCAGCUGGGCCAUGUUAAAAGUCCAGAACACACUGUGUUGCAGCCCAGAUUGGUGUCUGCAAUGAAUCACAAAGAAUGUGAAAUAAUCCUGGUGGCAGCAAGUGAUGGCGCUACAGUUGUGGCUACAAAGAAAGGAGAUGUUUAUGUUCUCCACGAGUACCAGUGCCGUAAAAUUGCCUCUAGGCAGCUGGGAAUCACAAAGUUGUCUGUGAUAGGAGGACACUUGGAUGCACAUGUAGACAGCAAUGUUCUCAUGGACAAAGGUGGUGAAGAGUUGAAAGUAGCUGCACUCAAUGAUAGAGGAACUGUCUUAGUAUGGCAAGAGUCGGCACCACAACUUUCCCGCUGUAUUUUUGUGAUAAACCGUCCACUAGAGGUUGCCGAUUUUGUGGCUAAUCGCAGUCAGUUGCUGUUUGUUACUAAAGAUGGUGAAGCAUUUGAGGGUGAAGUAAAGAUGAGAAAAGGCAGAAAAAAUGUACCUGACAAUAACAAGCAAGUCAAUGGCAUACAUGAAGAACCAAGAGAGUUUGUGAAAAUAAGAAGACUACCCCAUGUGCAUCGGGGAGUAAGCGUUGCUUCAGAUGUGAAAGGGAGGAAUUUUGCCAUUAUACAGGUACACCCAAAAGCAGCUUUAUUAGAAUGUCCGCAAGUUACAACCAAUGAAAUGAAAGAGCAAAUGCUCAAUUUAUUACAGACUGCCCAUUCUGAAGAUCUUAUUCAUGAUGUCAUAUUUCAGGUGGGUGCUCGGGAGUUUCCAGCACAUCAGUACAUAGUGGCUCUGUCCAGUGAUACAUUGCUGCACAUGAUAAAACAAGAAAAGUCAAAUGAUGAUAAUGAAAAUAAUGUGCCUUGUGUGAAGAUUAAGAACAUUCGUCCUGAAAUAUUUGAACAAAUAUUGCAGUUCUUGUAUACUUCAGAUUGUGAUCUCCUGAAGCCAGGUCCUUGCAGUGUAGAGAUAACAAUUCAAGAAUCAAAAGAAAACAGCUGCCGGGUAUCUCAAAGACAUCAUGAUGUGUUCAAAGAGCUUGAUGUAAAUGAUAUGGAAAAUACUUCAGCAUUCAGUGUGUAUACUGAAAAUAAACAAAAGAAGAAAAUUAAAGCUACAAAGGAAGAAAUUCAAAUAGAUUCAGAAAAGAGACAGAAUCCUGUUCGUCUAGCCCAGGAAGCAUCUAAGAAGCUAGGAAUUUUACUGCUUCACCAGAAGUUACAAGAAGUACGGUAUGAAGCUGGUUACAUACAUAUGAAAAACAGUAUUCAACCAUCACUGAGGCCCUGCCUAUCGUACAACAAAUAUCAAGAUUUGUUUGAUGUGAAAAUAAAGUGUGAAGAUGGCCGGGAGCUACCUGCACAUAAGUGUGUGUUAGCAGCAAGGCUGCAGUUCUUUGCUGCUAUGUUCAGUAAUCGUUGGCUCGGGUCUUUAACAAGCAGUUCCUUGAACUUGCCAGUUCCUUAUAAGGUUUUGGAGGUACUGGUUCACUAUCUUUAUGAAGAUGAAGCACCUGCUGUUCUUGCUUCAGAGGAUAUUGACUUUAUAUGUAACACACUUGUCCUUGCAAACCAGCUGUUUGCUACACGGCUUUUGGAAAUUUGUGAAGUGGCGCUUGCUAACUUGGUCACAUUACGGAAUGUGGCAGGUCUUCUUCAAUUGGCUGACACACACCAGGCAAACCAGCUAAAGCAAUGCUGUUUGCAAUAUAUAUGUUUGAAUUUAAGUGCAGUAUUGGAAUCAAGGUCAUUAGAAGCUGCCAGUGAUAACAUUUUGGAAGAGCUAAGCAAGUACUAUUGUGAGUUAAACCCUGCAUUGUGCAAACGUAUUAUCACACCAUACUCAAGUGCACCAAGUGAAGAAGUCGUUCAGUCAAUAGCAGGAUCUCAUCCAUUCACCUUUGAUUUGUAUAAAGAUCCAGAUUCACCUGAUACGGCUGCAAAGAAGUUGGUAAAAUCAACCAAGAAAAAGAUUAGAAUUCGCAAAAUAAGUGAGGGAGGAAAAUUAAAUGAACGUUCUCGGAAUGAAUCUAUUUCAUCUAAUGCAUCUUACAAUUCAGAUGAUGGCGAUACAAAAGGUGUACAUUUAAUGCUAGAAAAUCUAACAGAAAUAAAACAUGAAGAAGCAAGAGAAGAUUGUUUAGAUUCAUCUGAAAACACUAGUGAUAGUCAGUCACGCAGGAAUAUGAACUCUUCCUCAUGGGUUAAAAUAACUGGUAGCAAUAAACAUCAAAGGAUAAUAAAAGCAAGAUUAAAAGCAAUCUCUUGUGCUCAAGAAAUAUCAACAGAAAAUCACGGAGAGGCCUUCGAAAAAUUAGUUUCUAAUUCACAACACUCAGCUGGAGAUUUCCAAGAACAACAAAAAACUGUUAUUGUUCCACACAUUGUGCGAGCAACAGAUAGUUUGGAAAAUAGUGGGCACAAAAUGUGUGAAAAUGAUUUCCCAGAAUUAUGCAGGUCACCACCCCAACAUGAAAGUCAUUUCGUCAAAUCUGGGAGUAGAGUAAGUGAAAUUAGAAAGAUAACGAAGGUAUCCCAAAAACAGUUGAAGAAACAGGCAGAAUCUGGCACAUCUCCGAGAACAGAACCAAUGAAGGUUAAAUUGGCAUGGAACAGUUCAGAUGCACACAAUGACAAUUCUUUGUCUCUGACUGAUAUUAUGAGAGAAGAAGUCAAACAAAACCGUCACUGCACUGAAAUGAUUCCAGCACAGAAUAAUGAGCUUCCAAGAUCUAAAAUCAUAACAAAGCACACUCAAGAAGUAACUCUCAACAAUCCUUGGACGAAGCCUCUCUCUGUUUCUCCAGAUUCCCCAAAAUUUUGUGACAUUAUAGCAGAUGAGAGAAAACAGAGGGAAAACUGGACAAAAAUGCGAGCAAAGCCUCUUGAGCUUACACAGCUUGAAGAUAGAGCAAUUGAAGAUUUGCUUGCAUUCUACAAUGCUACAGAAUCAACAGAUGAACACAUUUCAGUUCGUCGAGUAAUCACAGAUGUGGUAGCUGCUCCUGUAUGGAUUACAUCACAAUCUCAUGGACAGUGAACUACAUUAUCAGAGUACAAUAAUUCGUCUUAUGACAAAAAUUAGUUGCAGUUACAAGUGCAGUUAUGUUAAUGUCGUUAAAAUGUAUUUAAAAGUUUACUUUUGUAUAACUGUGUAGCUGGAAGCUCUCUGUCUUGUAGUCCUAAUUUUUCUUUUUGUGAGUGAAAAAUCUAUCUGAAGGUAGUGAAGUAGUUCUUGUAAAGAGUAUGUCACAUAUAUUUUUUAUAAUUUAGCCUUUGUAAUAUAAUAUCUGUAUUGGUCUCUCUUGAGUCUGUAUAAUUCAUUGUUAUCUGUAAUUCUGCAUUUAGUUACUGGUUAUCUUGCCUUGUAAAAUGCUGUUCAGGUUCUUAGAAAUGUACAAGUCUCAGUCGAAAGGUAAUGCUGCCACUUUUUUAAUUUUAUUUUAUUUAUCAAGAACUUCAAUGCAACUACAUAAGUUGAAAACCACAUAAUUGAUGUUUAACUUAAGAGUUCAUUUCCCCAGUUUUAGUCUUUCUUUCAACAAGAGCAUGUAUUCCAUUGUUAUAAAGUUCUCUUUAAAGUAUAAAAGCUGUUCAGAAAGAAAGGUACUACUGCAGUGGGUGGACUAAGAGCCACAGCUUUGUGGAAUAGUGCCAGAUUCAAAUUUUUCAUUUGAUUAGCUCUAUUUAGGGAAGAAAAAAGUAGUUGCCAUUAAUUUUUGACUGACCCUUGUUCACAAGAGAAUAAGCAUUAUUAUGAUGUUAAAAAGUAUAUUGAAAUUUGAGUUUUGAUGCAUUAUUUACAUGGAGAGUCACAUGUAAUUUCAGUGUCUUAUGUAGAGGAUACUCACCAAGUCAAAAAAAAAAAAAAAAAAUCUUCCAGUGCCCUUAAUUUAAAACAGUAAAAUAACUGUAUCAUGUGUGAUAACCAAUUGCAUUUAAGAUAUUUGUCUAAACAAAUGAUGAUCUGAACUAGAUUGCUGUCUUAGAUUUGGUAUUGUGCAAUAACAAGGGAAAAAAUGAGUGUAUUAUUACAUAUUUACGUAAUAAUAUUCAAAGGUACUCAUUUUGAGUUCUGAACACUGUUUACGGUGGUUCUAAUGGCAGCAACUAUUUGAGGCAUGUCAGUUUCAUUCAAGAGUGUAGUGCCAUUUUAUAGUGAUAUUUACAUCUGAUUUAAUUGCUAAGAUAGCAGUGCUUGGUAAUAUUUACAAAACAUUCUUCUUAAUUGACUUUAAUGAACUGCUGCUGUCACUACCACCAUUAUUGCCAAAAGUGCUAACAAAUACAGAUUAGAAGUUCGUUUCUGAAGAGGCAUUAUAUGUAUAUGGUAUUUUUUUAAAACUGGAUUGAGAUUUUCAUGGCUUAGCAGUUAUUUCUUUGAGCAAAAAACUGUUACUGUUCAUGCUUCUGUGAAACUGUUUCUGUUGUAUUUUAGAAUUCACUCAAGAUGUACUUGUAUAGACACUAAUUAUUACAAAUGCAGUAUUUAUUACUGAAGUUGCUACUUGUUAUUGUGGUUGUGGUAUGUAAAAGCAUUGACUACAUAUCGUACAUACUGAUCUGAAGAACUAUGCUUAUCUGCAUAUUACCAAAAUAUUUUUUGGUAAAACUGUACUUUUCAUGAAAACUAUUUGCAAUUCUGUAUAGAUGUAGUAAACUAAUUGCUAAAAGGCAAAAGAAAAAUGUUGAAGGAAAUUACCAGAAUAAAUAAUACAGUCAGUUAUUUAAUUCUGUUAUUGAAGUCAUUUUCUGGAUCAAUUUCAGAAGAAUAUGAAAUUGGCAUUUCGGUACUUCGUAAUCAAUAUUCCGUAUGAUGUAGCACAUGUAACAUUUCAAAUCAAUUGCUGUAUUUACACAAGGAAGCUAAUGUUUCAAGAAUUCAUAAAAUGUUUUGAAUAUUAAGAGUGUGGUGAUAGAAUGUAGAGAUUGUGUGCUCCUUGAAAUAGUUUGGAUAGGAAAGUGUGUUUGUGUUUCAUAAUAUGGUGCUGUAAAAGCAAUCUAGUGAUGUGUCUACCAGCAAGCAUUGUAGAUUUUAUGCUGAUCUCAUACUAUAGGAAAAGCUGUAGAUUUUUGUUUAGAAUGGAAACUUGCCUUUAUUUUCACCAAGCAUAGUGGUGCCUUAAUUAUUGGGUGAAGUUCACAGGAAAUCUGGGACCACUGUGUUUAACAGUAUUGAGUACUGUUAUACAACACAAUGCUGAAACGCCACCCACAUGAAGCCCUGAAAAAUUGUGGGGCUGCUUUUAAAGUAACACGUAUUCUUUCAAGCAGUGCUAAUAAUUCUGCUGUCAGCAUGGAAAAAAAAUUCCUUCUGUCUCUCUUGUUCAGAUAAUAUUUAUGCAAUGGCAUGAAUUUGUUGAUGUAAGUUUAUCAGUUGUUUUGCGUGACACAAUGUAGAAUAUUUUAGGUAUUCAGUAGAGUAAGAGCAGACAAAUAAAUUUUGUAAUUAGCAGUUGAGUGUCUUUGUUUUAUUCAGUCAGGUCUGAUUUACUGUGACCUCACAAUUAUAUGUAUACACUUUGCACAAUUUCAUUACUGUAAACGUGUAAAUAUUCAGUAAAUGAUGGUCUGUUUUAAAAUGUUACCUGUUUUAAUUGUUUAGCUCUCUGUUUUGCUUUUCAAGUGCUGCUGAAACAUUUAAUUUUUUUAAAGAGAC